AACACACCUCGCACCUAGUAGGAAGUGUCGUUGUUGCUUAAAUGCAAAAGAUGGGGUGAAGUUUUAAAGGAAAGAAGAAGAAGACGAUGGGGUACAAUAAUGCUUUCACAUUCAAGUCUCAAUAAAUCAGUCGCUACGAGAUGAAAUGAUGUUGCCUGGAGUAUUUUACGCGUCGCUGGCGGGGUUCCUGGCAGCUUUAGCAUCUUCUUCGGCGAAGUUAUCACUGGGUGCCGAUCACCUGAAGGAGGUGUGUGAGACAGGACUGAAGAUCUGGACGGAUAGACAGGCGAGCGGUCGGGAUCAGGGUCUUGACACCACAGCGUGUGACUGGUUACAUAUACCCCUGCGGCUUCUUUGUGGUGGUCUUCUGUUCACCUGCAAUGCUGUGAUGUGGACGUUCUUCGCCAAAGCUCUGCGACACUCCUCUUCCUCAGCCCGGGCCACUGUGACCACCACUGCCUCAAACUUUAUCUCCUCUGCAUUCCUUGGACAUGUGAUCUUUGGGGAAACGCACGCCUCCUUAUGGUGGGUCGGUAUCAUCUUAACCCUAUCAGGGCUUCUUGUCUUACACGGAUCAACUCAUCAGGCCUCGCAGGAAAAUGUGUCUAAGAAAGAUGAGUAACACAAGAACACGGAGCAAAUCAUAGACUGAACAACAAGGCUGUUGAUGCUUGAAAGAAAAUCUGAUGUAUUAAUCAGAGAGUCUGAUAUAUGCAGGAAAUCAAUGUUGAAAUGAUUUAUGCUGAGAACAUAUUUCUUUUUUUCAGACUGUUUAAAAUGUUUGGAGAACAGUCAUUUUAUCAUUUUGUGUUAUGUAACAUGUAGAUGUAGAGCGUACAAUUCUGUCACUUUGUGCCUACAGUUAUAGACAUAUAAUUUACGCCAUACUUACACAAUCAAGGGCUGUGCCUUCUAAGUAUGCUUGACCUGUAAAUACUUUGCAAUGGAAAGGCCUAGGCUCUAAUAUUGGGGAGAGAUAAACAAAAUGUUUUUUUUAAAGAUGCAUUAGAUGUUCCUAAAUGUGGAAAAUAUAAGUAAAAAAGAAAGUAGAUCGGGCCCAAUUUUGACUGCUAGUAGAAAUGAGACAUACAAUUGUUUGUAACUUUUAUUAUUGAAACUAUAAAUAUGUGACCAUCAUAACCUUUCUGUUUGUUUAUUUUUUUCAAUUGUGCUGAUAUGUAGCCAGUCCUCCUGAUGCAUGUUGAACAGUUUCUCCAAUGCUGAAUCUCUUAAAAAUCUAUUUCGUUUCAGCUCUAACCUGUUUUUUUCAAUCUCAGGUAUUCUUAAGUCAAAUCUGUUUGCACUCUUUGGUCAGAAAGAGGGAUUCAAACAGGAAGCAGAGGCUGGGGUUUUUUCCCUACACAAAACACUGUGUCUGACUUUUUACAUCUUUCAUUAAGAUGCCAGUACAAAUAAAAUUACUGUAUACCUUUUGACAUACACUGUAAAGAGUAGUUUUGCAGCGCAUUUCUGUGCACUGCUUGAAACACACUAAAAAUGCACUGAUCUUAGAACACGACAUUUGUCACAUAGCAUCGUUUAAGGGUCUUCUUUUUUUAAUAAAGUGGAUUUUAAUCUCA